CUCUCUCUCUCUCUCUCUCUCUCUCUCUCGAUGAUAUCUCUUGGUUCAUCAAUCUCCGUCCAAGUACUCACCGGAAGGAAGUUGGAUGUGCUCCGGCAAACUCCGGGAAGUUUCCGGCGCUCUCAGUAUGCAAGGCUAUCUCCUCUUGCACUUGAACCACGAAAAUUUCCGAUUGCUUUCAUUAAGAAAGGCUCAAGUCAAAAGCGGAGAAGCCGAAGGCAUUCCAAGUAAUGAGAGUGCCACUAUUAAUGAGGAGACUUUGCAGCGGGAUCUAGAGAUAGCCAUCAAGGAAGAAGACUAUGCACGGGCUGCAAAAAUUAGGGAUGAUCUCCGUCUACUCCAAGAAGACAGCAAAGCUGCUGUCCUCUCUGCAAAUAACCGCUUCUACAAUGCAUUCAGAAACGGAGACCUUGCUGCCAUGAACUCCAUUUGGGCCAAAGGAGAGCAUGCCUACGUUGUACAUCCUGGUGCGGGAAGGAUUUGCAAUUACGACCUCGUCAUUGGUAGCUGGGAGAUCAUGUGCGGUGCCGAGCAUGAGUUCCCUCUUCAGAUUGAACUGCAGGAUGUUGAAGUUCAUGUGAGAGGAGAUGUCGGGUAUGUGUCUUGUUUGGAGGUGGUCAGGACCGGAGGGAGCAGUUGGGGAAAACAAAUGGCGACCAAUGUGUUUGAGCGGAUCGACGGGCAGUGGUUUAUCUGCAUUCACCAUGCUUCUCAUGUCGAUAUGUGAUACUGUUAACCUUCGGUAGAGAAACUUGUAGCUGAAUUUCUGAAAUUUUGUGCUGUUCCCACUGAAAUAACUGUGGAAUAUAGAAAUGUACCGGAAAAUUGUAUCAGUAUUGGAAGCUUGUAUUUCUUUUUUCUGAGAAAACACUGAUCAAAUAAAACUCUACAAAGCUUUGGCAUGGAA